UCCCUUUCCGCCCAUUCAUCGCUGGGCUGGGUGGCCGCUUCCUGGCGCCAGCGGCGGCGCGGCCUGCUCGGUGUAGGGAGCCUUCCGCACCGCCGGCGCCCCGGGGCAUCCCCUCUGAAGGGCUAUCUGCUGCCUGCGGGGCUGCUGCCCCUCCGUACCUAAGUCCGCCCGGCUCCCUCUCUCGGCCUCCCGCCGCCAUGAAGCUCGUCAGGUUUCUAAUGAAGCUGAGCCAUGAGACUGUGACCAUCGAACUGAAGAAUGGGACGCAGGUGCACGGGACUAUCACAGGAGUGGAUGUCAGCAUGAACACGCAUCUCAAAGCAGUGAAAAUGACACUGAAGAACAGAGAACCUGUACAGCUGGAGACACUGAGUAUUCGAGGGAAUAACAUCCGAUACUUCAUUCUGCCAGACAGUUUGCCUCUGGAUACUUUGCUAGUGGAUGUGGAACCAAAAGUCAAAUCCAAGAAAAGAGAAGCAGUUGCUGGAAGAGGCCGUGGUAGAGGCCGUGGCAGAGGCCGAGGUCGUGGAAGAGGAAGAGGGGGCCCAAGACGAUAACUUCUCACCAUGCAACUGCUACCACAUUCUGGGCAAUUUCCCAUAUUUUUUUGUACAGGUCUUGUUUAUGGCAACCAUUUUUAAUAAACUAAAAUGUGAAAAAGUUGUCUUUCCUCUGUUAGUGAAGUCUGGGGAGGAGGACUGUCCUGUUUCUAGAUGCUGUGACAGGCUAACAUGUCUUUUUGGUGGUGGCUGUGUCAUUGUCAAGAUGUCACCCCCCUCAAAGGCUGGACAGUUACCUCUUGCUUUUUGCCCCAGAGAGAGGGGCUUGUGUUGCUGUGCUUUAACAAGGGUUGUUUGAAAUUAAUCCCUCUUCUACAAGGCACUUGCUGUCUUCUAAUGGUUACAUGGUUAAGACACUAUAUUAGGAACACACAUCCCAUGAAUGUGUCUUUCAUGUCAUACUGGUGAGUGACCUCUUUAAAGUUCAUAGAUAGAAUUUUACUGUUUUCUAUUACAUGAAGCUUACAAUUCAGACAUGUUGCUUUCUUCAUACAAAGUUCACAUAGGGAAAUUAACCAGUUCUGUGGAACUGCUGCAUUGUUACAUCUGAUGAUUAAAGUGUACCUUUGUCAAGGCUAGUUACAUGGCAAUCUCUCAGGCAGGGCUUACAAUACAACUUUAUCACAGAUUUCUUUUCAUGUGCAUCCCUAGAAAAUACAAAGUACAGCACAGCGCAUGAUUAUAUACUGGAAUUGGAAGUUUACUCCUGGAGAUGAGAGAACCGCAGGUUUUAUAUAUAUAUAUAUAUAUAUGUAUAUAUAUAUGUAUGUAUAAACUGCUUUGCUGGAUACA